AUGGGACCUGGAAGUGGUCCCUGUCCGCGAGGGCUGCCCUUCCGGUUCCGUUGGGUCCCCCUUUGGCUCGGGCUCCCCGCCCCUCCCCCAUCCCGGAGCCCCGAGGGGCCGGAGCUCCUGGCGGUGCCGGAUACUGACCGUGGCCUUCCUCCCCCUGGGUCUGUAAGUGCGGCGGCGGCGGCCAGAGGACCGGGCAGGGGUACGGGGUCUGUCAGGAUGGAGCCCCUCGGGGCCCUCGAUCGGCGAGGACCUGAUGGGGGCCGAGGGGCUGGCCUAGGCCCGGGGGGACUUCAGGAGCCCUUGGCCCGGCCCCCGCUGCGCCCCGCCCCUUUCCCUUUCCUCCUCCGGAGCGGGGAGUUGAAGGAUGCUCCCAGGACCUCCUGCUGCGACCCCGGCCGAGGUCCUGGCUGUGGGCUUGGACGCCUGCCGCUGGCAUCUUGUUGUAGGAAGUGCCAGAGCUGA